AUUUUUUGUGAUAAGAUGACAUCUGUAUUUCAGGGGUUCACCAAAUUUAUACAAGUUGGCCGCGUGGUCUACAUGGCCUCUGGCCCUUUGCAGGGCAAGAUAUGUGCAGUUGUCAAUAUUAUUGACCAGAAUAGGGUGCUGGUGGACGGACCAUGCACGGGUGUGCGCCGACAGGUGGUGAACCUCAAGAACGUGCACAUCACCACGUUGCGCAUCCGCAUCCCGCACACGGCUAGCACGCCGAUGGUGCGCGAGCAGUGGGUGGGCCGUCACGUCAGCGAGACGUGGGAGGACAGCCGUUGGUGCCGCAACCUGCGCGCCAAACAGCGUUCCCAGAGCCUCACUGACUUUGAGCGCUUCAAGCUGUGGAAGCUGCGCAAGGCCCGCACGGCCAUCAUCCGCGACGCCUGCUCCAAGCUGAAGACGGAGAUCAAGAAGAGCAAAGCCGCUAAGACUGGCAAGAAGGGCGGCAAGAAGGCUGCCAAAAAGCCAGUGGCGAAGUAAUCAAUACAAUGGUGAACAGUU